GAAGGGGAUCUGGGAUUCUGAGGUACGAAUCGUACGAUCCUUCUCGCUCUUCCUCGCCAAAAACCCUGUUUGGUUCCGAGAAAAAUUCCAUGGCGGGGCCAGGGAGUUCUAUGCUUUAUUCCAUCCUUCUGUUCACAGUCAUUCUCUCGCUUCAAGAAGUGUAUAGAGGGAAGUUAGCGUCGUCAGAGUUGUUCACCAUACUUGGGGGGUUCACCAGUUCUCUUCUAUUUCUCGUUCUCCUAACAUUCAUUGGAAAUUUCCAGGAAACAUGUGGCAUGAAGACUGGGUGGGGUGCUGUCAUUAUUGCAGAAGCCAUUGCUCUGAUUGCUGCUAGCACAGUCCAUCGAGUUUGCAUCACAACAUGUUUCCUGUUCUCAGCUGGAUUGUUGUAUGAGAUCAACAAGCUUUCUGUGAUGACGCUCUCCAAAAGUGACUCGAAAACAAAAAGGCUCUGAGUGGGGAACCAAGGUUAUGACGAUCUUGUCUUUCAUUUUUGCCGUUCCUCUUUGGUUUCAACUAUCAUAUGGACAUUGUACCCAAAAGGGAAGGAGAGUAUAUCUUAGAGAUGUAUAAGAUUUUUAUCAGCUACGACCAUUUUUGCUCUUAGGCGAUUGCCGACUCGGGGAGAAAACUAUAUCCACUCUUAUUUGUUUUAAAAUUAUGGAUCAUCGACAGGUUGAUAAAGAAGUCAUUUUUUAUAA